AUGGAAAAAUAUUUGAAACGAAAAGCUUCAUCAUCAACCGGUAAUAAUGAUGCAUCCAACAAUGUGAUUGAUGUUAACGAUCUUCCUUGGGAUCCAUCAGAGAGAACCAAAAUUAUAAUUUAUAACCCAAAUCAAAGAGACGAAAUUAGACGGCAAUACUUGGUAAGGGGUCCUUUUCAACCACGAGGUCACAUCUUUCCAACCAAAGUUAUAGGGGCUAAAGGAAGACGGUUUGUUGUUACUUGGUUUGAUCAAUUUCAAUGGUUGGAAUACAGUGUAAAAGUAGACAGAGCAUAUUGUUUGCCUUGUUACUUGUUCAGAGACCAAGGUGGGAAUCAUGGGAUAGAGGCAUUUGUGGCGGAGGGAUUCAAUAGUUGGAGUAAAAAAGAUAGACUUAUGCAUCAUGAGGGUGAGGUUAAUAGUUUUCACCAUAAAGCACUUAAAAAAUGUGAAGAUUUGGUUAACCAAAACCAAUCAAUUGUUAUUGCCCUUCGUAAACAAACAGAACUCAUGAAGACCGAGUACCACAUGCGAUUGAAUGCUCCCGUUGAAGUUUGUAGAUAUUUGUUGGAGAAUGCUUUACGAUUUCGUGGCAACAAUGAGUCGGAAAAGUCUAUGUACAAAGGGCUUUUCUUGGGGACUUUAAAAUUAAUCGGAAGAACAAAUGGGGAGACUGAAAAGGUUAUAUUACAAAAUGCUCCGAAGAACAAUCAAUUGACAUCUCCAAAGAUUCAAAAAGAUCUUGUUACUUGCUUUGCAGAAGAGGUGUUGAAAGGCGUUAUUGGGGAAAUUGGUGAUGAUGUAUUUGCUUUGUUGGUGGAUGAGUCUAGUGAUGUCUCUAGAAAAGAACAAAUGGCCGUGGUUUUGAGGUUUGUUGACAAAGUCGGAGUUGUUCAAGAAAGAUUUGUGUUCAAGAAAGAUUUUUCGGCAUUCUUCAUGUCAUGGAUACAUCUGCUGAAAGAUGAAGACAUCUUGGAAGCUAUUGAUUUGAUAGGAACAACCAAAGGUCAAUUACAAAUGUUGAGAGAAAAUGGGUUUGAUCAAGUUUUGGAGAAAUGCUACUCUUUUUGUGAUAAACAUAAGAUUGUGAAGUUGGAUAUGGCUGAAGCUUAUGUUAAUACAAAAAGUUCAAGGAAAAGGAUGAACAUUAACAAUCAACAUUAUUAUAACUAUGAUAUAUUCAACACUGUUUUGGAUAUGCAGAUCCGAGAGUUUGGUGAUCGUUUUGGUGAGAUAAGCAGCGACUUGCUUCAAAACAUGGCAGCUCUGAAUCCACGCAAUUCGUUUUCUCAGUUUAACAAAUCAAGCCUAUUGAAGUUGAGUCAUAUGUAUCCCCGAGAUUUUGAAGACAAGGAAAGGAUCAUUCUUGAGCACGAACUUGACAUCUACUAUCAUUCUGUUUAUAAUGAUGUCAGAUUUGCCAACUUAAACGGUAUUGCCGACCUMGCCAGAUUAAUGGUGGCAACAAGAAAGCAUCUUUCUCAUCCUUUAGUCUACCGGUUAUUGAAACUAACAUUGGUUUUUCUGUUGCAACUGCUACUGUUGAAAGAUGCUUUUCGGCGAUGA